AUGGCCAUACCAUCCCCGUCGGCCUACGACUAUGGCUUCGACGCGGCGAAGAUGGUCAAGCGCCAGACGCAGGAUCCAAUUAUUGUCACCAAACUACCUUCCAUCAACGGAAAUAUUCCUAACCGCCCCGACAUCAGAGAGUUGAAGGAGAACCCUUUCAAGUGGAAUCUCUUCCUCCUCGCGUCAAGCAUGUUUCAGUUCACGAAUCAAAGCGAACAGCUGUCGUGGUAUCAGAUCGCAGGUAUCCACGGCGUUCCUUUCGUGCCCUGGAAUGGCGUAUCCGGCGUACCGGGAGGCGAAGAAAGGGGCUACUGCACCCACAUGUCCAUUCUCUUCCCAUCGUGGCAUCGCGUGUAUCUUGCUUUGUACGAGCAAAUUCUCUUCCAACUCGUGCAGCUGAUUGCCUCAUGGUUCCCAGACCCCACGGAACGAGCUUACUACCAAGACGCUGCGAUAGACUUCCGGAUUCCAUACUGGGACUGGGCCACUACACCGCCGCUCGGAGAAAGCGUCUACUUAACUGAAUUUGAGCAGCCUGCAAUUCAAUUGUAUGGUCCCAACGGAUGGCAGACCAUUGCCAACCCAUUAUACAGCUACAAAUUCCGGCCGCUGGACCCGCAGGUUUUCUCCCAAGGCGAUGAUUUUGAACCCUUCAGCAACAAAUAUUGGGGGACGGCGUCGAAUCAGACGCAAUACGACUCGGUGGAGGCCUUACACGAUGCCAUGCACGUGUUGGUGGGUGACCGUGGCCAUCUGUAUUACAUUCAGUAUUCGGCAUUCGAUCCGGUGUUCUUCUUGCACCAUACUAUGGUGGAACGAAUAGUCGCCAUGUGGCAAGUUCUGUAUCCUACCGCCUGGGUCACAUCCCAAGUCGCAAUGGAGCCUUCCUUCACCAUGCCGUCAGGGACCGUUCAAAAUUGGCUCACGGAACUCAAGCCGUUCUAUGCGGACGCCAAUGGCACCUUUUGGAACUCGGCAAUGGCCAGAGACACCACAGCCUUCGGAUAUUCGUACGCGGAAACAAAUCCGAGUCUGGGAAUCCACAAGUCUGAAGAACAAGCUCACCUCAUAGCAACUAUCAACAAGCUAUACGGCUCGUCUAGUCCCUCGGGUCUGGCCUGGAAGCAACGGAGGGCAACGUCCAAAAGGGAACGGGGCCCGCUAUCCCAAACCAAAGUAGCGACUGAGGACGACAUGUACACCGAAUGGAUUGCCAAUGUUCACGUUCAGAAUGGGGCAUUGAAUGGCUCGUUUGCAAUCCAUUUCUUCCUGGGUGAAGUCCCCGAGGAGCCCACUGCUUGGGCAUCUGCACCGAACCUUAUCGGAUCAAUGAGCGUAUUUGCGAUGAAGAACAUGGGUUCAGGUAACCAUGUAUCCGGGACAGUUCCUCUGACCUCGGCCUUGGUGCACAUGGUUUCGGCGCAAACUAUCUCUGGGCUCGAACCCGAUGAGAUCGUACCAUUUUUGAUGAAAUGCGCCAAUGAGACGGUGACAAUCGAACUCAAGAAUGGCACCAUCGUCCACGGCACCAUCACCUCGGUCUCGCCGCAGAUGAACACGGCGCUGCGCACAGUCAAGAUGACACCGCGGGGCCAGGACGCCGUUUCGCUCGAUACCAUGAACAUCCGCGGCUCGACCAUCCGAUACUUCAUCCUGCCCGACUCGCUGCCGCUCGACACACUGCUCAUCGACGACCAACCGAAGCCCAAGAACAAGGCGCGCAAGGAGGCGGAGCGCGGCGGCCCUGUCCGCGGAGGAAGAGGCGGCCCCAGAGGAAGAGGCCGUGGUCGGGGACGCGGUCGCGGACGUGGUUGA